UACGAGAUAGUCUCGUAUAUCUGCGGUAACCCAGAAAAGAGCCACAGUACUAGGGUGAACGGCAAGCGCAUGGCCGUUGCGGCGAGCCUGCAUGCGGUGCUGUGCCGUCUCCGCCUAUCUGACCGUUCCCGCGUGCUAUGGGCCGAUGACAUCUGCAUCAACCAGUCCGACGACGCCGAAAAGGCCAAGCAGGUAAGCCAAAUGGGGCUCUUCUACAGUCACGCCGAACGCUGCCUGGUAUACCUCGGCGAAGAGGCCGAC